UGGUCACAUUGCUAUAUUUUCCAUUGUGCGUGCUGUACACUUUAAUUUUCGGGCGUCUGCUGGAGAAAGAGUGAAAAACUGACAAAUUGUGCUGGACUUAACAGAUACCUGAGUAUUACACACAUACAACACAAGAAUGGCAGAUUUAAACGACUCCAAUGGAAACUACGAUGAUGGCGAUGAGAUCACCGAGCCAGAGCAGCUGCGCAAACUUUUCAUCGGCGGCUUGGACUACCGCACCACAGACGACAGUCUGAAGUCUCACUUCGAGAAAUGGGGCAACAUUGUGGAUGUGGUGGUGAUGAAGGAUCCCAAGACGAAGCGUUCUCGCGGUUUCGGGUUCAUUACGUACUCCCAGUCCUACAUGAUCGACAAUGCCCAGAAUGCGCGCCCGCACAAGAUCGAUGGACGCACCGUCGAGCCCAAGAGGGCUGUGCCGCGCCAGGAGAUCGAUGCUCCAAAUGCAGGGGCUACUGUGAAGAAGCUCUUUGUGGGCGGACUACGUGACGAUCACGAUGAGGAGUGCCUGCGCGAGUACUUUAAGGACUUUGGUCAGAUUGUGGGCGUGAACAUCGUUUCCGACAAGGAUACGGGCAAGAAGCGCGGGUUCGCCUUCAUUGAGUUCGAUGACUACGAUCCCGUCGACAAGAUCAUCCUCCAGAAGAAUCACACUAUCAAGAACAAGAGCCUCGAUGUCAAGAAGGCUAUUGCCAAGCAGGAUAUGGACCGCCAGGGCGGCGGUGGUGGUGGCGGAGGAGGCGGUGGCCAGGGAGGACGAGGAGGCCCUCGGCCUGGCGGACGCGGUGGUCAGGGUGAUCGCGGACAGGGAGGCGGCGGUGGCGGUUGGGGAGGCCAGAGCCGACAAAACGGUGGCGGCAACUGGGGUGGAGCCGGAGGCGGCGGCUUCGGCAACAGCGGCGGUAACUUCGGCGGCGGCCAGGGUGGCGGCCAAGGCGGCUGGAACCAGCAGGGCGGUGGCGGCGGUGGUCCGUGGAACAACCAGGGUGGCGGCAACGGCGGCUGGAACAACGGUGGCAGCGGAGGCGGCUACGGCGGUGGAAACAGCAACGGUAGCUGGGGCGGUAAUGGCGGAGGCGGUGGCUUCGGAAACGACUACCAGCAGAGCUACGGCGGCGGUCCGCAGCGCAACAACAACUUUGGCAACAACCGCCCGGCGCCGUACAGCCAAGGUGGAAGUGGAGGCGGCGGUGGUUUCAACAAAGGAAACCAGGGUGGCGGCCAGGGCUUCGGUGGCAACAACUACAAUUCGGGAGGCGGCCAGGGUGGAAACAUGGGCGGCGGCAAUAGACGUUACUAGACGAGGUAAACACACAUAGAGAGAGAGUCAGUUCAAGCUAGACGACAAACAGGCAGUCUAGGCAGGCAGAGAAGCAGAAGCAGAGGCACAAGCACAAGCACAAUCCAAAUGAAAGUCUCAGGCACAGGCAGGCAAUCAGUAGCAGGUGUGUGUCAGACCAGGCAGACAAGAUCAGACCCAAGAAACCCAGAUCGAGAAGCAGAAACCAGGCCGAGUGUGUGUGCAAGUGCAAGCAAUCAGUUUUCGGGCCAGCACCCAAAACCUGCGGGCCAAAUCAAAAACAACUUCGUAAAGCAAAUCAGCAAAAAGCGAAACGAACCGACGCCAAUUGUCCCACAGUUUGACUGCUGCUGUCUCUCUUUUUGUAAACAUUAAUUCGCUGAUCAAUUCAUGUUUAGGAUGCUAAGAACCCUGAACGCUUAGUUUUAACUAUGAUGAUAACAAAAAAGAAAACAAACGAAAAGAAAAGAAAAGAAACCAACCAACAAAAUAUAAAUUAAACUAAUUUUAUUUUAUAAAAUUGACUACCAUAGAAACAAUUUGAGCGACGAAACGGAUUCUCAUUGAGAAAACCAGUUGCAAACAGGGUGUUUUGAAGGUAGAGUACCUUGAACUUUAUCAUGUCGGGUUGGCCCACAGCUAGAUUGUAUUUUCAAUUGGUUUUAUUUAAUAGCGAUCCAGCGAAUUGUAAGAAAUCAAAUAGAACCGUAUUUUGUAAUCACGUUUUUGUACAUGUAAGAACUUUUAUAUUAUAAUUUAUUGCAAUGAAAAAUGAAAAGAGAUCGUAAUUCCUGAAUGGCGAAUGCCGCGCUGUGUCCUAGCAAGCAAAAUCUAUAAACACGAAACAUACCAACUCUGUUAGCCACUAAGAAGUAGAUGCUACGCUAAGCCAGAAAAAAACCACCAUAAAAAUCUUAAUGUUCUGUAAUUAGUUCGUUACGAGAGAGAAACAAAAGCGACAAGAUACAAGCUAAAUAAAAUCCUAACCACUGUUACCCACCAGAAA